AUGGAUGUAACGGACGAAUGUUCACAUGCUACCGCCUCUCUCAUGAGUGAACGAAUAGAAGAGUUUCCCUUUCCCGUAAUGUCGUCUUCUUCCACCUCAACAGCAGCACCAGCACCAGCACCAGCAACAACAAGAGGACCACUGGACAGCGUUUCCUCCUUGAACAACCUAAAAUUCCCAGCCUGUGAGGAGAUUGAUAAAAUGGUAGCACAAGCCAUGUUGGAACUCUCACCGCAAGAUAGAGAACGAGCUUUGGAAGAAUUACACGGAGUCGUGGAGGUGGAUACGGAGGAUCCUUCCUUUAUUAGUUCGUGUUUGGACGAUUUGGACAAUUGUUUGGCCACCACCAAGGCCAACACGGCCUAUGCUGAGGCCGAACGCAUGUCUCAUGCCUACGUUUCCAACAAUCGAUUCCGAAUGAUGUUCUUACGGAGCGUCCGAUAUGUUCCUCAGGAUGCCGCCGAGCGGAUGAUCAAUUUCUUUGAAUACAAAAAGGAGCUCUUUGGCCGCGACAAAAUGGUCCAAGAUCUUACCUUUGAGGAUUUGCAUCCGGACGAUCGUCCGACCAUGGAAGGAGGGUACAUUCAGGUAUCGCCCAUCAAAGAUCAAGUGGGUAGGCCCAUCAUUUUCUUUUUCGAAAAGGUCAAACAACAGUAUACCCAACAAGCCGAAAAUGCGAUUCGAUCCCAAUUUUACACGUACAUGUCCGUCUUGGAAGAAUCCGAAGAGGCACAAAAGACUGGGGUGGUAAUUAUUGUCUAUGCAGUGGAUUGUCAGGGAUCUACCAAUUCCUAUGGAAGUCGGCUUCGAAAGUCAUUGCCCUUAAGGUUUGGAAGUAUACACUUUUGUCUCAACGAUGAACGGGAAUACGAACGAAUCACUAGACCGAUGGGAUCCUUGGAUUCCAAUGCACGGUCACGGUAUCGGCCGCAUUUUGGCUCGCGAAAAGAAUGUGAGGACAAAAUGUCAGCCUUUGGAAUACCAAAAGGAAUAUUACCAAUCGCCGAGGAUGGAACGAUUCUCACAGAAGAUCACUCGGCGUGGGUGAACCGACGGCGGCAGAUGGAAGAGCAACGGUACCAGCAACUCCAGCGUAGGAAUGGCGGAAACAACGGCCGAAAACGAGUAGACUCGCCACCCCCGUCGUCCGACAAUGAUUCUACCGGAAUGCCACCCAACGGACUGCGUCCGACCCCAGGAGAUAUUCUAUUUGGACGGGGGAGGAAGGUUCGGGACCAUGCGGGCAAUGCACGAUUUCUCAAUUUGGUGGACCAUUACAUGGCCAAAUACGAAUUGGCAGGACGGGUGGACAAGGCUUGCAUUGCCGAAAUUAUAGUGCGAAUGAUCAAGGAUGCCGGGUGUCGCUUUUUGAAAAAGGACGAACAGGAACUUUGGGGUGAAGUGGCAGAUUCGGAGGCCCGGAAAAAGGUGGCCCACGCCUUUCGGAAUCGUCGGAAAUUGCAUGGCUAUGGGAAUUGA